ACAGCUCUCCCGAUGCGUCAGUUCAUUAUUUACUUGCUCGCGCUCGAAACACAAAAACCAAAAAUUUUCCCAUCUCGAUCGUCGCGCGUGUUUCAUUUUCUCCAGGGGCCGCUCAAAUUCCGACUCGUCCGCGCGUGAAAUGCGUCCAACUCCACAAUGGUAAACUGUUGCGUGCAAGCGUGCCCGUCGAACGCAGCGACGGACGGCGCCGGUGGCGUCUCGUACUUUCGCUUCCCGGUGGUGCGAAGUGACCGCGAACAUCGGGACAUUUCCCGGGACCGGCGCGCGGCCUGGGUGAAGGCUACCGCCGUCGCUAGUCGGCCCGAUGUGAACGUGGACUACGCGUUGGUGUGCAGCCGACACUUUGUCUCCGGACGGCCGGCCAAGCUGGAGCAGGUGGAGAGCGUGGAUUGGGUUCCGACGCGGUUUAUGACCGGGACGACGGCUGGCGUGGAUUUGGAGCAGGCCAUUCCACCGAAUACGGUGACCACGAAGAUGACGGAGAUUAUUAGGACAGAUACGAGCAAAAUAUGCCGCCUGUGUCUGGGCAAGGAGGUGAAGCUGACACGGCCGUUUAAGGAUCAGGUCGGGACGAACACGGCGCUGCUGCAGAAGAUCUACGAAUGUACAACCGUGAAGAUCACGCUAAAGGCCACCUACCCCGCGGCCAUCUGUGCAAUAUGCGACACCAAGCUGCUCGAGUACAGCAAGUUCCGCGCCAAGUGCAUCGAAAACGACGGCAUUCUGCGGCUCCUACUAGAUGACAUCGGCGUCGACGGCAAGGAAUCGCCGUCACCGUCGCCGGAGACCACGUCGGCUGACGGAGACGAGGAAGACGUCGUCCGCGAGUCGGAGGAGUUCAAGGACCUGCAGCUGCAGCUGUACGGCUCGUCGGACGAGACCACCGUGAGCCAGAGCGAGUUUGCCGGGACGGCGACGGAUGGGGGAGCGUCGUCGUCGACGGAGGCUGCACCAGACGUGGUGACGCCACCCGUCGUGACCAGACCCACGAUCAGUGUGAAGCCGAUUUCAAGCCUGGCGGCAGUGGCGACUCCGCCCAGUGAACCUAAGCAGGAUGCGGUUGUGAGUGGCGGUAAUCCGAAUCAGAAGGAGGUCAACGGCGUUCCGGCGGUGGUUGGUCCCGACGGACGGUUGGAGUGUGUGAUUUGCGCAAGGCCCUUUCGGAACACGUACACGCUUAAGCGGCACAUGAAUCUACACACCGAGGAGAAUUUGUUCACGUGUGAGUAUUGUGGAAAGAAGUUCAACGACCGAUCGAACUGGAAGAUCCAUUUGAGGGCCCACACCGGAGAUAACCUGCUCCGGUGCGCCGUCUGCUUCAAGACGUUCAUCUCGCCAUCGACGCUCAAGUAUCACCUGAGGGCGCAUCGCAAGCUGCAAGUGUUCGAGUGUCGGUUCUGCGCCGAAACGUGCGAGUCGUACGACCUCCUGGCGGAUCACGUCAACGCCAAGCACGGGGACAUCCGGGUUGAUGACUUGGCUGGCAAAGGGGACGAUUCGUUCAUCGCCGGGGACUUUUUGAAGAUCGAAAUGGAAGCGGACGAGACGACGCUUUCGGGCGCCGACGUGGACAUGGAAGAACCGAUGCCGGAACCUCCGCCACUGAUUCCGGCUCCAACGGUGAGGAAGGUGGUGCAAGCGCCAGCGGCCGUGAUCGAGGAACCUGCGGUAAAGAUCAAGGAGGAGAUUUUGGAUGUGGACGAGAUUGACAUCAAACAGGAGCCGGUGGACAAUGAAACGCUGGAACCGGAUCCGGACGGAGUGCAUCGUACGCUGUCGUCGAUUCUGCCACCCGCGGAGGAAGAAUCGCCCCCGGUGAUCCUGUUCCGGUGCGAUUACUGCAUGAAGAUCUUCAAAUACUUGUACGAGCUGCGAGUCCACAUGAAGAUCCAUAACGGAUCCAAAAUCCCGGUCGCGCCGGAAGACACGACACCACCACCCGCGAAGCGCGUCCGCCAUCCGUCGAUCGACGAGGACGUCGCGGAGUUGGCGAACGCGCCCCUCCCCGAACACCAAUGCUCCAAGUGCGACAAGUGCUUCCGGACGGAGGAACUCCUCAAGGUGCACAUCGAGACGCACAAAACGGACGAGGACAUUACGCAGGCCCGGUCCUGCAAGGUCUGCUUCAAGACGUUCAAGUGCGAGCUCAAUCUGGUCUCGCACAUCAAGAAGCACCACCUGUACGAGUCGUACGUGAGCGAGCAGCAACAGCAGCAGGGCGUCCCAGCCGCCGCAGCGACGUCCUCCUCAACGGUCAACGACAAACCCGCCUCGCCGGACAGCAGCAGCAACGAUGGCGCCGGAACGGCAGAUUCCGGCGCCGAGGGCUCCACCUCCGGAGGCGAUCGCCGGUGCGAGAUCUGCGCGCUCACCUUCAACUGCCCGUACAAGCUGGAGAAGCACGUGCUGACCCACUUCAAGAACAACGAGGCGGUCGCGUUCGUGCCAUCGGCCGAUCGGCCCUACAAAUGCACCGAGUGCCAUAAGCGGUUCAAGCGCAAGGACUACCUGCUCAUCCACAUCCGGACGCACACGGGCGAGCGGCGCCACAAGUGCGACCUCUGCUCGAGCGCGUUCGUGCAUCCCUCGAAUCUGAUCACCCACAGGAAACUCCACUCGAACGAGCGACCCUUCAAGUGUGACCUCUGCUCGGCCGCGUUCAAGCUGUACGCGGGGCUGAAAAUCCACCGCAAGCGGUGCGUGCUCAAGUAUCUCCAGGAGAACAGCGUUUCGAUUACGUAGGCGCGCCGCUAAAUGUUCAAAACAACAAUUGUAAAUUGCAACAAAUCACUACUUCCUCCCCAAGAAUCGGUUACGUUUAGAAGAUGUUUUGUGGUUAAGAUUUUUUUUUUCACUUUUAUUAUUUUUUUCGCUUGACAAAAUUUAUUUUUACGUUGACGGCGAUAAGGCAGAUAAGACUUUUAGCCAGCAAACACCCCUUUAAUUUCUCUUGCAAAUGUAUGUUUUCAAGCUGUAUUAGGAUAAGUCGAAUAAUUUUAGUUCGUAUGUAUUUGUGGCAUGAAUGAGCGAGAGAGCGAGCGUGUUGAGUGUCUGGACAAUUUACGUCAGAAGCAUGUAAGUAAAAAUUACAACUCUUUAGUUUAGUAGCAGCCUCACGUAAAUGUGGUAAACAGAGAUAUGUUAAAUUGUAAAAAAUGUCAUAAUAAUUGUAAAACAUUCUUCAAGCAAUUUGGGAAUAAAAUAAAGAUUAAAAUAAUUUA